GUAGGAAAUGUUUCUGGAAACCAGUGUCCCAGCUGUAUGGGGCAGGAAGAUUCACACUCCUUUGCUGAGCUGUGUGCUUUGGCUCUCAUUAUAACUUAUACAGGCAUCCUCUAGUUAGUGGAUUUUCAUCUUAUCAUGGGUAUUCGUCCCUAGUCUUUUGAGGGAGGAGCCUUGGGGGGUGCUGAGCUAGUGGUGAUGGUGGUGGGGAGCAGAGGACCAUGCCCAUCUUCUCUCCUUCUCCAGAGCUGCACACGGUGAUGGAGACUCCUCUUGAGAAGGCCCUGACCACCAUGGUGACCACCUUCCACAAAUAUUCGGGGAAAGAGGGCAGCAAACUGACCCUGAGUAGGAAGGAACUAAAAGAACUUAUCAAGACGGAGCUGAGUCUUGGGGAGAAGAUGAAGGAGAGCAGCAUUGAUGACCUAAUGAAGAGUCUGGAUAAAAACAGCGACCAGGAGAUCGACUUCAAGGAGUAUUCUGUGUUCCUGACCACGCUGUGCAUGGCCUACAAUGACUUCUUCCUGGAGGACACCAACUAACAAGGGCUCUCCUCCACCAUCACUAGUAGCCCUUGCCCUUGGCAGCUCCUCUGAUAGACCCUCUUUGCCCCUCUAUUCUCCUGAUCUUCCCAGAUGAACCCCUUCCAGCAGAGGAAAUAAAGAUUUUUUUCCCCCCACUCCAAAUGUUGGGGGACUGA